AUCCCACAAUCCCGCACACCGGUGGUGUAUUCAUUUGAAUGGUUAAACUGUGAGGCGUUAACAUCGAGGUGGAGUUUUCGGUCUUACUUUAACCAGUUUUUCACGUUUUUUUUUUUGGAUUUGCACAUCUGAGGAGCCUUUACUACACCCUACAAAAUGAGUUGUGUCCCUUAUUAUGGCAGCUGGCAACCAUUGUAAGCAACGGGAAGUCUUUAAGGUCAACUGCAAUAAAUCCAAUGGCUUUCUGCGGUCCUGCCUGUAUGUUUCUACUGAAAAGAACAUGAAGCAGGUGGAUUUUAUUAAUAAGGAAGAAUUAGAUAAGGACAGAUUCCAGGUGCAUCACAGAGUGCAGAGUCCAGGCAAAACACAGCGCCCGUUGCCUUGCAAGAGGAGGAAUUGUUCAUCGGUGGAGGUGGGCGCAAAGCUGCUCCGAAGGUCAUCAAAUGUAGGCCGUCUCCGUGGCCCCAGCAUGGCCAACAAGGAAAAUGAGGUGACAUGCUCCGAUGACGUGCGGGGCGUUCACUCCAGGCCGCCGAUGAACCCUGCUCAGGCUUCCAAGAUGGCAGGGGCCAGCUCCAAGUACGCAGACUUUACCGAGUUAUCAAAGGACCAUGAAGCUAUGACCCACAUUCUCUUUGGAAGAGAUCUCCGACUUAAAGUAGCUCUGACACUAUGGCGAAGAAAUGCCAGCGAGCUGGUAUCCUACCUUAUAAGAAUACAAGACACGGGAGUGCUGCUUGACUGCUUACCUGUCUUAACUAACAACCUUCAAACUGAAGCGCCAUGUUUGUCACUUGGCUGCUGUGUUGACCUGCUGCCCCAAGUCAAAGUCAUUCUUUCCAGCAAAUAUGAAGAGCACAUAACGGUGGCUUUACGCUGGGUUCAGUCCGUCAUCAGGAAAUGGUGGCCUGAACUUUCCAAAGCCGAGAAGAGACUGCAGGACAGUUGUUCAGAGGACAGGAAUGUCGAUGUCAUGAAGCAGCGACUGAAGGACUUGUGGAAGGAAGGAUCUCGAUUAUGUUUGGUUUCAGGAUCAGUGGGAGAGCUGGCGAACACCAUUGAAUCUCAUCUCUCUCAACUGCCCUGACAGUUAAUAAAUGUAGCACAUGUGACCACUACUGCUGAUCAUGGCUGUAUUUUGAACUGAUAAUGUUUGCUAGAGAAAUGGACUGGUUCACUCUGCGGACACUCCAACCUCUUAACUGGGACUGAACUUGAUCAUUCAGACAAAUCUCCUCCCUAGAGCUGGGGACUCCUCUGGAGGAGGGCAGCAAGCCUGCACAGAAAAUGACUGCUUCACAUUGAAGUGGACCGUCUUGUGAAGGGGCAUGUUUAGUGGACCUCA